AUGAACGAUCACCUCCAGAUAGAAUUUGUUGAUGGUGCCAGAGAUGAUGUCGAAGAUGAUGUCGAAGAUGAUGCUGAUCAUGACUCUCCUGUUUCUUCAGAAAGUGAAGCACCUCCUGACCCAAAAAUUGUGACAGAUACAGUUGAUAUCGAUGUGUUUCCAGGAACAUACAAACAAGUCACUUCUUUGAAGAGUCGGUGGCAGAAAUUGGUUGAUAACUUUGCGCCGCUUUUACGUUCGGACAGAACAGAAACUGGUUUGAGUUCUGGGACUAUUUUCCCAGAGUUAUUCGAUUUAUACAAAUCUAUUGUUGACAAAGAAAAGGAUUCCCAAGCGGUAGUCGAUGCUUAUCUUGAACAGAGAGCAGAGGAUAAUCGAGCUAGAAAAAGAAGAGCUCCAGUGCCGCCUGACCAAAUGCGGUACAUUGAAGAAAGGCUAGCGCCGCAAAGAGGGCCGAGACAAAGACGAGGACAAAAUAAUACUGAAAGAACACCAGCAGAAUCUAGCACAGCAGAAUCUAGCACAGCACAAUCUGGCACAACAGAAUCUGGCACAGCACAAUCUCGUACAACUCCUUACAGAAAUCGCUCCUCAAGAUCUUCCUCAGGAUCCUUUUCGACUCGUUUUUCACGAUUGAGCUCCCCUGGUUUUCUGCCACGGGCGACCGAAACAGCUGCAGAUCCUUUCGAGUCUCAAGCUACUUCUGUCUUGAGAAACCUCAACAACUUCAUUCAGAAUUCUGCGGAACAAAUUCAAAAUCAUAGGGAAAUGGUUUCCGUUGAAGAAUUAUCUAGAAAGGUGGGGAUUCUUACCGUUGCUUUGGGAGGAACUGAAAAAAGACUCCCAAAAAUUAAAGAAAAUACUCAAGAAUUCAAGGAGAAAAUGAACGACCUUGGCGAUAUGAAAAGAAAAAUUGAUUUGAUAGCUACAUUAAUGGCAAACAAUUUGAAAAAUUCGUGA